GAGAGAGAGAGAGAAGGGGAGAGAGAGAGAGAGAGAGAACAUCUUUGCAAAAGAUCUAUCUACCUAGGGUUUCAAACUUGUUUGUAAAAGAUCUAUCUACCUAGGGUUUCAAACUUGUUUCCGGUAUGUUUGUCUACAGUAUCCUAAAUGUAUUAUUGAUCACUGUGUCAUAGGGUUCAUUCCUAAAAAUGGAAAGACAUGGAAGAGAAGUUUUGAAGAAAAGUCUACAAAAUUCUGUGUUCAAACUUCAACGCCAGCAGUAGGAUUACUUGUUUGAAGCAUUUCUAUUAAUGAAUUUACUCAGACUAACGGAUGAUUGCAACACAUAGAGGCUACAAAAUCGAACAAAAGUAGAUCAACUAAUUAAGCAUAUAUGGAGAGAAGUCAAGAAACCAAGUGUUCAAAGACAAGUUCGGAUUCGUAUCCGAAUGAGGAGGGAGAGGAAGAAAGCGAGUCAAAGGAAGUUCUGGAGUUGAAGGAUGGAGGAAGCUCUAGCAAUAGCACGAUAGAGGAGAGUGAUAAGAAGCCAUCUGUCCGACCUUAUGUCCGAUCUAAGAUGCCUAGACUCCGAUGGACUAAUGAUCUACAUCUUCGUUUUGUUCAGGCAAUCGAGAAGCUUGGUGGACAAGAAAGAGCGACUCCCAAACUGGUUCUUCAGUUGAUGAAUAUCAAAGGACUUCACAUCGCUCAUGUCAAAAGUCAUUUACAGAUGUAUAGAAGCAAGAAGAUCGAGGAUCCAAACCAAGUAGCUAAUCCAAGGAUUGAAGAUGGAGAUCGAAAUAUUUUCAACCUUAGCCAACUACCAAUGCUUCAAUGCUACAACCGAACAUAUGAUUCAGCCUUCAGAUAUGAAGAUCCACCGCCAUAUCGUCGUGAUUGGAUGCAUAACGCAUUGAGGGAGCAUUGCUCAUUUCAAAAAACAAAACCGAGAUUUUAUAACAUCGCUGAUAGAAUUCUUGCAAUAAACCAUGUGGAACAAGCAAAUCGUAGUAUGCAAAGUAAUCUCCAGCCUCCUCUUAAUGAAAAAUUUUCAUGGGAAGUUAAUGAUAAUUUUGGAUCAAGAAUCUGUGAGAAGAUGGACAUGUUGCCAAACCCUAACGAAAAACUCAAUCCAUUCAAGAUUCAAGAACAUCAAAAUAUCUCUCUAGAUUUAGAAAGUACAAGUCUUGAGAAGCAUAAAGGAACAAAGAGGAAGGCAUCUGAUCUGAGUCUUGAUUUAAAUCUGUCUCUUGGGGUCCAUUCUGAGAAAGGUGUGGAAGAAGGCGAUGACGAUGGAGAAGGAGAAGAACGUAAUUUAUCAUUGUCAUUGUAUUCACCAUAUUUCUCAAGAAACAGAAAAAAGUUAAUAACAGAAGAUGAUCAUAGCAAUGAUCAAAAAGCUAAAAGGGCAAGUACUCUGGAUCUGACUAUAUGAAUGAGACAAAUUCUAAGUGAGAUCUUGAGGUACUUGUUCUAGAGCAUGCACUUGUGAUUUUCCUCUUUCAUCAUCUUUUUAAAGUUAAAGAAAACCAUAUCUGCGCAUAUUAAUCU